AUGGUUGAAGAUUCAAAUGAUUUAGAUUUUGAUUUAAAUGAUUUUAAAAAGGAUAAUAAUAAUAAUAAUAAUAAUGAUAAUAAUAAUAAUAAUAAUACAUCAACAACUAGAUCAAAAACUCCAACAACUGGUAGAGCUUCUGGUUUAAAAAUAAGAUCUUCAACAAAUACUACCCCAACAACAACAACUACCACUACUACUACAACUACACCAAAUAAAACACAAUCAUCAUCAUCAACAAGCUUAAGAUCAGGUUCAUCAAUAGGUAAUAGAACUGAAGUUAGUAGUUCAAUAAAAAGACCUUUAGAUGCAUCAAAUAUAAUUAGAAGUAAAUCAAGUUUAGGUACAACCAGAAAAGAUGUUAUUACUGGUGGUAGUGGUGGUGGAGGUGGUGGUGGUAUGAGUACUUCAUCACAAUCACCAAUAUCAAAAACACCAACAACAAUGAUAACUAAAACUGCAUCAUCAUCAAGUCCAAAUUUAGCAACAUCGACACAGUCUGGUAGAUAUAGUAGUAUUGGAACUAGAGCAAUUACAACUUCAUUAUCUAAACAAUCAUCAAGUUCAAAUUUAACUAGAUCAUUACCACCAAUUAUUAAAUCACCAAUUUCACCACCAGGACCAACACCACCUGCUCCAACUUUAACAAAAUCAAAAUCAACUCCAUCUUCACCACUUUCAACUCCUACACCUUCAAAAUUAUCAUCAUCUACUAAUACAACAACCUCAACCUCAACAACGACAACCUCAACAACACCAACUAGAAGAAUAUCAUCCAGUACUACAUCUUCACCAAUUGGUUCCACAACAACAUCUGCUUUAAAAAGACCUUCAACUUUAACUUCAACUCCUAAAUCUUCAUCAUCAUCUUCAUCUUCUUCUUCUUCCGCCACUUUAUCAUCAACUAAAACACCAUCAACUACAGCUACAAACUCAACAACAUCAAGUGCAACAAAAAAAUCAUUUAUUACAAAAACAAACCCUACAGAUGAACAAACUACAACUCCAAAAUCAAUAACUAAAACAACAACAACCACAACAACAGCAAAUUCAACUUCAACUUCAUCCAUAAAGAGACGAUCUGAUAAUGUAGAUGAAAUUGAUAUAGAGUCAUUGGAAAUUAGUUUAAAUCAAGAUAAUAAAUUAGCGUUUAAUGAAAUUUCUGAUGAAAUUUCGAAUAAUUUAAGAGAUGCUAAAAAAGGUUUAUCUUUUUAUGAAAAAGAAUUAACUUUGGACGACUUGGAAAAUAACAACAACAAUAAUAGCAAUAGCAAUAGUAAUAGUAAUAGUAAUAAUAAUAGUAAAAGAAGUAGUGUUUCAUCAUUUACAAAUAGUAUAAAAGAAUCAACUACUGCUGAUGUAGAUUUUAAUUGGUUGGAAGAUUCUGUACAUGAUAGUUUAAUUGAUGAUGAUGUUUUGGAUUUCGAUGAAAAUAAUAAUAGUACUUAUAUACCAAGAAAUAAUAAUAAUAAUAAUAAUAAUAAUAAUAUAAUUAAAGAACAACAAGAACAACAAGAAGGUGAACAACAAGAAGAACGACAACAAGAACAAAUUUUAGAUGAAGAUGAUGAAUUAAUGUUUUAA